CAGUAGAUCCACUUUUAUUUGAUUUCCACAAAUCAAGCCAAUCAACCCCAAUCUUUUCCCAACCGUUGCACCUUGUUUUUGGGUAUAAAAAGGGGUCUCUUGGGUCUACUUUUCACAACCAUUCCUCGCACAUUUCAUAGCUUUACAUUGCAUCAUUCCAUAAACUUUUUACAUAGCUUUUUAGAGCCAUUUCUUGAGGAAUUGAGUGUGUUCUUGAUCUAAAUUAGUUUACUCAUAUUCUACUCUUUAAGAGAGUUUUUGUACUUGAGUGGUUAAGUGUUGUGAACACUUUAAGGGAGGUUUGUUCCCUUGUUUGUACGAAGGAAGGGCAUAUUCCUUCAGGUUGAAGUCUUGGAGUGCGGUAUCUCCGAGCAAGUGUAUUGAGGCUCGUGGGACUCGAGUUCUCAGGUUGUAACGGUUUGUUAAGCACCCGUAAGCUUAACGGAAGUAGUGUAGCUCGAGAGAGUCUCUCGGGAGACUGGACUAGCCACACGUUGUGGUGAACCAGUAUAAAUCUUGGUGUGCUUCCUUUACUCCUUUUUAUUCCGCUCUUUACCUUAUCCCUGCGAUUUUUAUUCCGCGAAAAUUUAUAAACAUUCUCGUGCCUCACUAUUCACCCCCCCCUCUAGUGAAGGGCACCUAUUCUAACAAUUGGUAUCAGAGCCUAACUCUCUACAAGCCUUAACAGGUUGAGAGAACGAUCUAUAUUUUUUGUUGAGAAUGUCGUAUGCAGGAUUAAGCGAAGGACACUCCACCGUUAGACCUCCACUCUUCGAUUAGGAACAAACUACACCUAUUGGGAGGAACGAAUGAGGAUUUACAUUCAGUCAAUCAACUUCCAACUGUGGUUAAUCAUCAAAAACGGUGAGACGACGCCAAUGAAAAAGGUUGGUGAAACCACCAUCCCAAAGAAGGAGGAAGAAUAUGAUGCUGAAGACAUCAAGAAGGUAGAAGCUUUUGAAAAAGCUAAACACGUGAUUCUUUGUGCAAUUAACCCAGAUGACUACCGGAAAAUUUCUUCUUGCUCCACCGCAAAAGAAAUGUGGGAUAAGCUUGAAGUGACAUACGAAGGUACGCCUCAAGUCCGUGAAGCUAAAAUUGAUUUUCUAACCCAUGAAUAUGAGUUGUUUAAAAUGAAGGAAAUUGAAAGCGUUGAUCAAAUGUUCGACUGAUUUUUAAAGAUCAUCAACGAUCUCCAUGUCCUUGGUAAAACAUACUCGAACAAAGAUCUUGUUCGAAAAAUCCUUCGGAGCUUAACACCGGAA